GGUAAGAAAAGGCUUGCGGAAAAGCCUUUGAAACAAAUCGAAUCCGAGCUUUGUGAAUUCUCAACGCGGAUUCGCCUAGUGAAAAAUGGAAGAUGAAGCAACGCACAAUAUCGACAAACUCAUUGAUGAUUUAAAACAUGCUGUAAAACUUGAGGCCUCGCAGGAUGAGUGUCCUAAUAUUGUUCAGAUAUUGAAUUCUGUGGUGAAUGUUAGCAAAACUUCAAUUGAAGAGACCAAUAAGCUAGUUAUUGAUCAAGUUUUUUUGGUGCUAUUUGGACACAAGUCUAAACAGAUUAUAGCAAAAACAGCAAAGGCUAUCGCAGAAAUUGCAAAGACUGAGAAGGGAAGAGAGAAAUGCACCAAUGUAAGAUUGAUACAGACAUUGAUUAACUUGCUGAAGGAAGAGGAUAUACACAUAUUGACACAAACUUCUAGAGCUCUAGGAAACAUCUGUUAUGAGAAUGAGAGUGGCAAGAAACUUGUCAGAGAGCAAGAUGGUUUAAAAGUAAUUCUAAUAGUGCUGAAGAAAGCUGUUGCAUUAAAAAAUGCUGAGGGUGCCAGCUUUCUGCGAAAUGUGGUCGCUGGAUUUUUAUUAAAUUUUUUGGUGGACCAGGAAGCGUUGCACAAGAAGGCACUAGAGGAGGACACAGUACCGAUUAUUUGCAGCGUGCUGGAAGAAGACGGGACUAGCGGCGGCGAAGCGGCAAUGCACGCGUUAUUCAUCCUCGGCAUAUUGAAUGACGCAAACAUUGUGUUUCUUGAUGAGAGAUUAACAAAAGUUUUAAUUAACAUACUGAUUAGUGACACUUCUUCUGAAUUAUCCGAGAUGUGCUUGGAACUUUUACAUGGUCAAGCGGAGGAUGAAGAAUCAAAGCUGUUGUUAGCCAAGGCAGGAGUAUGCGAAUUACUCGUAAAACUGUUGGAAAAGCACGGGCCACAGUGCAUCGACGAAGAAACACGGUCAAUUCUAAAAGUUGCCUGCAAUCUAAUUGUUCUGAUUUUAACUGGAGAUGACAGUAUGAACUUCCUUUACGAUAACAGCCAGGGUCCUGUUUACAAAAAGUUGGUUGAAUGGCUGGAGAGCAUUGACGAAGACUUACAGAUUACCGCCGUUUUAGCGAUGGGUAACUUUGCGCGGACCGAUACACAUUGCAAACGUAUGGUCGAACAAGGCAUUCAUAGGAAGCUGUUGAAACUCCUCCAAAGAAACAGCAGCAAAUCUGGUGACAUCAGAUGCCAGCAUGCUUUACUCAGUGCGUUACGCAAUCUCGUCAUACCUGUGGAUAACAAAUCGCUGAUACUCGCUGACGGUCUGAUCGAUGUGCUCUACCCGAUGCUGGACAUUCCCACUUUUCCUGUUGUUUUCAAAUUGCUGGGAACGCUUAGAAUAGUCAUAGAUGGCCAAAGGGAAGCGGCAGUCUCUUUAGGACGACGAGAGGACUUGAUCAAACGAGCAGUUGAAUGGUGUGGUAUCGAGGACCAUCCCGGCGUCCAAGGCGAAGCAAAUCGAUUAAUUGCUUGGCUAAUAAGCAACAGCAGGGACAGGCAGAUUGCCUUAUCGGUCAUCAAAUACGGUGCGGUACAGCAUCUGGUAAACAUGCUUCUAGCACAGCAUGCAUUAAUGCAAAACGAGGCGAUUUUGGGUCUGACGAUAUUAACGAGAAUUUGUCCGACGGAAUCCGAAGAGUUAUUGAUCGAGGCGGAUUUCGGACGCACCAUGUGCGAAUUCUUCGAAGCGCGCGCUGAUAAUCUCGAAAUACACAUCGUACUCAAUGCGCUGUCUCUAUUGGAUAGUGUCGUGCAGUCAGAGCGGCUGAAAGAGCAUCUGAAAAAUCGCAGAUUGGCGAGCGCGUGCAAAACCUUGCGGUCACAUCAAAGUGAAAAUAGCAUGGAACUACGAACACGCGUCACUACACUGCGAGCGGCGUUGUGCACCGCUCUGGGAACAAGCUUCGAUUAAGAAUAAUUUUAAAAGUUUGGCGUUUACAUGUGCUGCCAUUCUCAUCGUUGUAUCUUCCAUCAUUCCAAAGAGCUGUGCAAAUUUCUUUAAUGACCAAAUCAUCGUCAACUUGAUCCACAAACUGCAAAAUGUAUUUUAUUUAUGGAAAAAUAUAUACUCUAUUGAUGUACA